AUGUCAUUAACUCUUAUUAUAAUUUUCCUAUUACCAUUAACAACAGAAUGUUAUUUUCAUUUACAUCAUACUGAUUAUCGGCAAAAACAAUACCCAUAUUACGAUUGUCUAUAUGAUUACAGACAAAUUAGAAAUGAUCGACAGUUUCAAGUUAAUGCUUGGUCAUUGGUGCCCUAUUGUAUUCGAGAUGCAGUAACAACAGACACAGUAUUGCUACCCGUUAAUCAAUGUUAUGGAAUUGAGCUUACAUAUGAAGAAUUAAACAAAAAUAAUUUCACAAUUAAUGAUUUAUUCUCCUGGAAUGCACCUAUUGAUACAAUCGCUUCCUUUCAAAAGUAUCUUGAUUCAGAAAUUGUUAAUGAGAAAUAUUGCUCAUGUAAAGGUACAAGUUAUUUUGGAUCGUAUUGUGAAUAUACAUUUGACAAAUUAACAACAUUUUCUGAAAUUAUUGAAAAACAGUUUGAACAAAAAACAAUUUCUAAUCUAAUAUGUUACAUAAGAUGUGAUAACGGACAUAAAUGUUUAGACUGGCGAGAAAUUUGUAAUGGAAUUGUCGAUUGUCUCAAUGGUGAAGAUGAAGGAGAACAAUGUAUUAUUUUAGAAUCGAAUGAAUGCAAUUUAGAAACAGAAUUUCGAUGUAAAAAUGGAAUAUGUAUACCAAAAGAUUUUGCUUUUGAUCAAAUGAUCGAUUGUAUCGAUAAAAGUGAUGAGACAAAUGAAUUUAUACAAGACUAUUUUAACAAUCGAUGGUUCAUUUGUGUUAAUCGACCGUCGAUUGAUUGUGAAGAAUAUUAUUGCCAUGAACCGAAUCUAUAUACAUGCGGUGAUGGAACAUGUCGUUCAAAUUAUAUUGAUAAUAUUAAUAAACCUUGUUCAAAUCAACGUGAUAUACGUGAAUUAGAAUCGACAUUUAUUCAAAAUUCUCUGUUCUUAUGUGAAGAAUGUAAACUUUGUUAUAAAACAGGUGAUCAAUUUUUUAUUUAUCUGAGAAAACAAUAUAAACUAACAGAUAAAAGAUGUAAAGCUAUAGAAUCAAAAUGCAAAAAUUGUACACUCUUUGAAUUUCCUUCAAAAGUUGUAAUGUUUCCAUCGGUUCGUUUUAUGUAUAAUGCAUCGAACAUAUCUAGCAUUUUCCCGGAAUUCGUAUGUUAUGAUGAAAAUAUUUGUAAAGAAUAUAUUUCAACAGAUUUUUUUGGUAAUUUCACUUGCGGUUAUACGAACAGCUUCGGUGAAUUAGAGUUUGAAACUUUUGGAUCAUUUUUUCAAAAUCUUCAAAAAAUAUUUUCCAUGUGUAUCUUACCGAAAUUAGAAAUAUCGAAUAAAACUUUGUAUCAAUGUGAAUCAACAUUGCGUUUGAUUUCAAUUCAUCGUAUUCGAGAUGGAACGAACGAUUGUUAUAAUGGAGAAGAUGAACUUGAUAUUCCGGCACGAAUAAGAAAUAAGAAUAAUUAUUUCAAAUGCUUAACAUUUAAUAGUAAUGAAUAUAUUCCUCGCACUUGGUUAUUUGACGGUAUUAAUGAUUGUACGGACAUGUCGGACGAAAUGAUGCCGUUUAUUUGUCGAGAACAAAAUGAUCUUGGUUGCCAAUAUUUACGGGGUUUUAUUCCACCUUAUACAUUUUAUUUAUUUAAUGAAUUAUGCAAUGGUAUUGUUCAUUCUCAAUUAAUUUUUGGAAACGAUACAGAUGAAACAGAUUGUUAUGAUUGGAGACGUUCGUGUCGCUUGAAAUAUGUGUCAUGUGAUCGAAAUUGGAAUUGUAUUAAUGGACGAGAUGAAAUUGGAUCAAUCGAAGUUCAAAAUUGUCGUUUAAGAGAACAAGUUCAUUACUGUCGCUUGCCAGAAAAAGGGAACAAUAUAGUAUUACCAAUUGAACAAUUUGGUGAUGGAAUAAUUGAUUGCUUAGGAUCUACUGAUGAACGGUUCGAUUAUUGCCCAUUAAAAUAUCCGUUCGAAUUAACACGUCGUUUUCUCUGUUGGAAUAGUUCAUUAUGUAUUCAUAUACAUGAUACUUGUGAUGGAAUUAUCGAUUGUCCUUAUGGAGAUGAUGAAGCUGCAUGCCCAGGAAGACAAUUUUCAACAUGUCGUAAGGGCAAAUUUGAUUGUUUUGGAGCGGUACGGCAACAAUGUUUGCCAAAAAGUGCACGAUGUAAUGGUGAAAAUGAUUGCCGAGUUGCAGCUGAAAAUGAUGAACUAUUUUGCGAUUUAAUUCCGCAAUAUGCUAAAUAUAAACCGUUUAUAUUUACAGAACAUAACCAAUAUCCUCCGCCAUCAUUCCAAGACUAUUUGCAAUCGAUAACCAGCUUAGAUAUUCAAAACCCUUACUUGCCACUUUUUAUGACACCUUCUGGUAUACAUCCAACUCGAAGUGUACAAGUUAACAAUGAUUACGGAAAAUACUGUAACCGUGGAAUAGGUGUACGUUCAUUGAAAGUUAAAGGUAAUUCUAAAGUUAUUAUGUGCCUUUGUCCACCAUAUUAUUACGGUGACAAGUGUGAAUUUCAGAAUAAACGUGUAACAGUCCUUAUAAAAAUUAUUGGAAAAUACAGUGAAAAUAUUAUAUUUCAAUUAUUAGUUCGAUUAUUUGAUGAAACAAGUUUAGUUUUAGAUUCACAAGAUAUCAUACAUGUUCCAUCUAAACAAAAUACAAUUAAAAAUAUUAUUUAUUUAGUCUACCCUCAUAAUUCAUUUGGUAACGUAUCUCUUAAAUACUUUGUUCGUAUAGAUGUUUUUUCUGUAUCAAUUGAAAAUGUUAAAUAUCACUCAACAUGGUACUUUGAUUUGAAAUUUUCGUUUCUACCUGUCGAUCAUUUAGCUGUUCAAUUAAAAUUAGAUAAUCUUUCUUUGAAUUAUUCACAUCCGGCCCAUAGAAAAAAUAUUAAUCAUAAUAAUAAAACAACAUGUAAUUUAACUUCCUUAUCAUUUGAAGGACAAUGUAUAUGCCCUCUUGGAACAUUUGGAAAUGAGUGUAAUGUAAAAAUAGAUUUAUGUCGUCGUGUAAAAUGUUUAAAUAAUGGUACAUGCAUUCCAUUGAAUAUAAAACAAAUUCAUUAUGCAUGUAUCUGUACAGAAAAGUACUAUGGUAAUCAGUGUCAAUAUCCUUAUAGCCAAAUAGAAAUUGGGAUAAAGGAUUUACAUCAAGAUCCUUGGUUUACCAGUAUAUCUGUUAUUCUCGUCCAUUUUGUUGAUAUACAGAAAAAUAGCACAAUAACUGUGAUAAAAGAUCGUCUAUUGUAUAAGAACACGAAAUUUAACACAAACAUUAAUAUAAUUUAUAAAAACCCAUCACUCUUACCAACAUUUGUUUAUGUUCAAACAAUUUUUGAUACAAAUAAUGUCUAUGGUUCAUAUUAUUUAGUUAGCCUUUCAAAAAUGUCUGUUCGACGAGUUACAACGAAUAUUUUAAUUUCAAAUUGUUGUCCAUAUGUUGAUCGAUUAUUAAGUUCAGAAAUUAUGUCAUAUACGUAUUUAAAACGUGUUAAAUAUUACCAAAGAGCAUGUUUUACACUUGGUACGAAAUGUUUUUAUGAUGAAAAUUAUAUGUGUUUAUGUGAUAAUGAAGGAUUUAUCGAUUGCUUAGUAUUUGAUCAUCAAUCAAGUAACUGCACUAAUAAAGAUUAUUGUCAAAAUGGCGCAUCUUGCUUUCAAUCAAUGUCAAGUUUGAACGAUUUUGCUUGUGUUUGUCCAAAAUGUUACUAUGGAGAUUUAUGCCAGUUUACAACAUUACAGUAUUCAAUUUCAUUGGAUGCUCUGUUAGGAUCAGAUCUUCUCAUUAAUAAAACAUUUUAUGAGCAAUCACUUUUAACUAAAAUAACGUUUAUAUGUAUAAUUAUGAUGUUUACUUUGGGACUUUUCAGCAAUACAUUAUCAAUAUUAACAUUUUCUAUUUGUCCAAAAACACGUGAAAUGGGUAGUGGAAUUUAUAUACUUUGGUUAUGUAUAUUUAGUCAAUUUGGUCUUAUUAUUGUUACGUGUAAAUUCUUUGUUUUAUUAUUCAACCACAUAACAUAUAACAGUUGUCAGAUACUUGAGUUUUUACUAAGCAUUAUUCCAUCAACGGUUGAUUGGCUAAGUGGUUGCGUUGCUCUUGAACGUGUAGCGAUUGUUGUUAAAGGUUUAAAAUUUGAUAAACAAUUAAGUCGAAAGUUUUCAAAAGUUAUAGUUCCAUGUGUUUUACUAGUUAACAUUUUAUUCUCAUUACAUGAACCGUUUCAUCGAUAUUUAAUUGAUGACCCCCGACUAAUUAGUCAUUCUUGGUGUGUAACCAGAUUUAAUCACUAUUGGUUGGAAAAAUAUGAGAUUAUUACAAAUAUUCUGUUUUUAUUUGGUCCAUUUCUAAUCAAUUUAAUUUCAAUCGUCGCAUUAUUAAUUAUCGUCGUACAUCAGAAGUUUAAUUUAUGUCUUAAGAGCGAGAAUGCAACAUAUUAUUCAAUUUUAAGAGAACAAAUACUCUUAUACAGAUCAUAUAUAAUCAGUCCAUUUGUAAUAAUUUUGUUAGAAUUGCCACGUCUUAUUUUAACAUUCGCAUUCGCAUGUAUUCGAUUUGAAUGGCAAAAACAUUUAUAUUUGGCUAGUUAUCUUAUUUCGACAUUACCACUUACAGUUAAUCUCUUCAUAUUUGUAUUACCAAAACAAGUGUAUAAAAAUGAAUUGAAGAUAUAUGUAGAGCGUGUAAGAAAACGGCUGUCAAGCGCAAAACCGUAA